GGGUUUUCUCUGGGAGUAUUGAAUUCCUCCUGUUGUCUUGAAGAAGUGUAGUUAGUCUAAUUGAUGUUGCUUAAUUGCCCCUAGUGCAAUUUUGCAUGUGGCUUGUGAUGGACCAGUCCAGGAUUAGAAGGUAGAUGGAUGGAUUGUUCUUAGGUUAUAGGAUUGUGGUUAUCAGUACAAAGUCACCAAAAAGUUAGGAAUACAUUUGAAGAGCAAAUUUCCAAAACUCAUUCAGUCUGCUUUUUUUAAAUGUUUAAAAAAAUUCUGUGGGCUUUUUGUUUUGGAAAUUUAACAAAAGAUUUUUUACAAAAGGUAAUCUGUUGUGUGUGAGCAGGUCUGUUUGUGCUAAGCAUUACCAUCAGUAGGUAACCCAUUAAUGUGUGUGAGCUGGCCUGUCUGUCAUGCCCUGCUCAUCCGAUCCUCCUAAACUUCGUGUGAAAUCCUGAUCGUUUCCUGUUUUUUCCAUUGAGUCCUGUGUAUGUCAGUCCGCGUUCGAGUAUGUUUCCCGAGGUCUGUCAUUGAAGUCUAACUGUGUAGUGCUGCCUGUCUUUACCUGUCCCUGCUCCCUUUUUCCGUUAAAUCCUGUGUUACCCCAUCCUCUCCUGCUUCCCUGCUCCAUGCACCGCGAUCGGUCAUGACAGGAUGACAGACCUCCAAAAGAAGAUGCCUCGAAACGGCAACGAAAAGGCUUCCAUCCUCACCGAUUAAGAAUACCUCAACCUCACCGAUGUCUCUACUGGCUACGGCAACCCGAGAUCUGGGAGGAUCCAGCUGCCCAAGCCCUAGCUAACAGGAGCAGGAACUAUUGUCCCUGCCCGGCGAUGUGCACCAAGCAAAUGAGGUGCGCAAAAACCUUCGGCAGCUGAGAGAAAAGGCGUUUGAAUUGAUGAUGCGGUAGGUAGCAAUCAACAGCAGAUUAUCCCACAAUCCGCUGCCUGAAGCACCCAUGGUUUCGUCAAAAACAGGGCGAAGGCAGAGACGGCGGAGUUCCUGGAAGCAGGAAUACACGCUGGGGAUCCUCCUUGGGACUACCCUGGUUUCCUGUGUUUCCCCUGCCAGGUGUUGGAAGACGCCCCUUCCGAUUCUGGACCCAGCAGUGUUCAGCCCUGACGUCAACACCGCCGCUUUGCGCAAGCGGGUGCCCGAAGCCUGCAUCACCGCCGCAAGGAGCGCAGCGCACCCGCCUGCUCCUUCGCUGCCAGUGCCGGCAGCUCGUCCCUUUGCAGGGAUGUGCCUGGCACUUAAGGAGGCCAGGUCGGUUAGGGACGCUAUCCUGCGGGUUCCCAGGAUCCCUAAAUGGGCAGCGACCACUGCUAAGGUGCAAACCCCUCCAGAGGUUCCUGCGCGAGUGGACGAUGUUUCACUCCUCGCGGUUCCUGCACCGGCGGUCAAUGCUCUGCUCCCCAUGGUUCCAGCACCGACGGUUGAUGCUCGGCCCGUUCCUGAUGUUUUUGCUCUGCCCAUUUCUGAUCUGCCCGACCUGCCUGUUCCUGGCCUGCCUGUACCUGGUGUUCCUGACCCUGCUCGGAGGCCCCUGCUGUGUCACCGCCCGGCAAGGUUCCAGUCCCGGUGGCUGUCAUGCCACCCUGCGGGGUUCUAGUCCCAGCGGCUGAUGCAUCACCCUGUGUGGUUCCAGUCCCAGCGGCUGACGCGCCACCCGGCGGGGUUCCAGUACCACCAGCUGACAUACCGUCCUGUGGGGUUCCAGUUCCAGCAGUUGAUGCGCCAUCCUGCAAGGUUCCAGUCCCGGCAGCUGACACGCCACCCUGUGGAGUUCCAGUCCCGGUCCCUGACCUGGCCCCAGAGGUUCCCGCUCUGCCUGUUCCAGACCUGCCCCCAGUGCCUCUGGUUCCAGUCCCUCCGGCUCUAGUUCCCACGGGUUCCUGAACCAGUUUGUGCACCACCAGCUCCCAAGCCCCCAGUUCCUGUCCCCGAGGAGGUUCCGGACUGCGCGACCACUGUUCCUUCUCCCUUUGAGGAGGAGGAGCUCGAAUGGGACCCCUCAGGGGUUCCCCUGGUGGCCCCACUGGACCCCUCCAGGGGAGUAACCCCUCUAAAGCCUCCACAGCAGGGCAGAUCCCAGCCAAGUCCCCACUUUUCAGUCUCCUGGAAGGGGAGAGGACAUCUACGCCGGGGUUGUGUCCCACCCGCCCAGCACCCUGACUCAGCCUCAGUACCCCAGGCUUCUGCUCGGUGUUUCGGCUCGGGGGUCGCCUUCAGUCCCUCCUGCGGCACCUUGUCGGCCGACUAUGGUCCUACCUCAGCCGCCUUAUUGGUCGCCUUCGGAACUCCCCGCUCCAACUUGUCGGUCGCCUACACCUUCGUCAGCUGUAGCAGUGCCUUCACCUGCGGCGGCUCCUGCUCCCUCCUCCCCUCUGCUACUUUCCACUUCGUCUUCAUCUUCCUCCUUGCCCAGUUCUCCUGCUCCUUCCUUACACUCGCCGAGGGUCCCUCCGGCUCCGACUUUGUGGUCAUCUGCUGCCCCUGCGGCUUCCACCUCUUGCCCACUGGGGUUCCCUCAGGCUCCCCAUUGUCCCCUGUCCUUCCGGCCACCUGUGUCUGCUCCUCGUCCCUCUUGCCUUCGUUCACUCCUGGUCCCUUCCUUCCUCCCGUUGGUGUUUCCCCUGUGUCUCCUUGCUUAGUGCCCCUGUGCCUGUUUGCCUUCCCUGUGGUUUGUCAGUGGUUGUCUGGCCUGUUGUUCCUGUGCCCAUUCUGUAUGUCCGUCCUGUUUCCGAUGUCCUGUUAUUGUUCUUGGUUUUGUUUCCCCAGGUCCUGUGCAGUUCCCAGUCUCGUCCGUCACUCCCCUUGGGGUGUGCCCAGAGUGCGCGCCUUUUGGGGAGGGGGGGUUCUGUCGUGCCCUGUUCGUCUGAUCCUCCUGUGUGCCACACCCCCUCAUUAACCUCUUGUGAAAUCCUGAUUGUUAACAGCUGUUUCCUGUUUUUUUCCCAUUGAGUCUAACUGUGUAGUGCUGCAUGUCUUUACCUGUUCCAUGUCCCUGCUCCCUUUUUAUAUUAAAUCCUGUUUUACCCCAUACAACCUGUUCCUCUCCUGCUUCCCCGCUCCGUGCACCACGAUUGGUCACGACACUGUCUGAGCUGCACAUUAACAUCAGUGGCAAGGUUGUAUCCAACUAUGAGGUCACCGUGAUCCAGACCUCAGUAAUUUUUUAAGAGUUUAAAAUUUAAAUUGCCGCUGAAUAUUAACCUGAAUAAAAACUUAGGCUAACUAAUGUUUCACGUUACUAAUUACUUUAGACAAAAAAAAACAGCUUAUGAAGGGGACGGAAUCGAUAAUGUGAUUGAUGAGACCCACCCCUCACCCCAGGGUCCUGGACCUCACUAUUUUUCAAAUCCUGGCUAUGGCCCUGCUUUCUGAGGCCAUUAGUAACUGCCAAUCAGUGAACAAUUCCUGGACGGGCCAAAAAACUCAACCUUCUUCUGGGACAAUGUGGUCUGGAGAGCCAAGCCAACCAUGCUGGCCUGGAGAACAACCAGCGCAGUCAAACUUCCCCUAUUUUCCUGGGCAACCAACCUCAUCUACUGCCCCCAGCUGGCCUGGAAAUCCAGGACAAUCAGCUGGACAACCAGGCCAGGUGCUCUGCCCAGAGCAGCCAAACCCACCUGUUGUACUUGGCUGGCAAGGACAGUCCAGCUGGCCCACUCAGCCAGCCAUACCCGCCCUGCACCCCGGCCAGCCCGGAUGGCCCGGCCAGACCCCAUCCACUCCAUCCCAGCCCUGGCCCUGCCCACCCAUUGCACCAUUGGCAGUGCCAUACCACAUCGACCUCCCGAGAGGAAUGUAUGACAGGAUGCUGAUCACCAUCCGCGGGCAGGUCAACCACAAUGCUAACAAGAUUACCAUCAAUUUGCUGCGGGGUAAGGACAUUGCCCUGCACAUCAACCCACGCUUUAAUGAGGCUGGCAGGCAGGUGGUGGUGAGGAACCACAGGGUGGAUGAGUGCUGGGGCCGGGAGGAGAGAGAGCUGCAGGCCCCCUUCCCAUUCACCAGGGGCACGCCCUUUGAGAUCAAAAUCCUGUGCACUUACAAUGAAUUCAAGGUUGCAGUGAACAACACACAAGUGUUGGAGUUCAAGCAUCGCAUACGAGAGCUGAACCAGAUCAACCGCAUUGACAUCUGUGAUGACAUGACCCUCGCAUCCAUCAGUGUGGAUAACUUGCCCUGAGCCCCAUCGCUUUAAGGGGGCCACUAACUUCAUUGGCUUUUCCUGUCUCCGGUUCAUUAAAGCCUGUGUACUAAUAUCUACCAUUACUGUAUGCUUUGUUGUAAAUUUUAACAUAAAUUGCAUGACUGUAUUAAAUUGAGGUAUAAUUUGCCCUUGUAUCUAGGUUUCAUAUUAAAGAAAUUGUGGUCCCCCAGAUGUAUUGUUGAUGUCUGAGUUGAUUCCUAACAGAGGCAUUUUGAGUGGUUUGCGGGUAUUAAUAAAAAUAACGAUCAGUACAAUAAUAA